AAGUGAUUUGUCAAUCAUAUGAUGAUUAGGAAUCAAAUGAUAUAAACACAGUGCGACUAACACAUUCCGUGGAAUUAUCUACAUAUGAAGUGCUUCUCUGUUUUUUGAUACAAUGGAUUCAGAUUACAACUGGAAUGACCACAGCCGUCGAAUUGUCAUCGAAAGCCGGGAGGCGCUAGAAAGGACGUCAGCCAGUCUUGCACGAUCAAAUCAAAUUGCUAUCGAAACGGAACAGAUCGGAACGGAAGUACUCUCCGAUUUAAGUGAACAGAGAGAAGCACUACUUCGCACUCAACGGCGAUUGGACAACGCAAACGAGGACUUGAGCAAGUCAGGAGCUGCGAUUCGCGCCAUUCGACGGAAUGUCCUUUACAAUAAGAUCAUUUUAGUUGGAAUUAUUAUUCUGGAGGUUUUUAUUUUGGGGGCGUUGCUGUUUUUGAAGCUGAGGAAGUAGGGAGGCAAGCGGUGUUGAUGCUUUAUGCUUUUAUUCGAUUUAUUAAACUAUUUUUGCUAUUGUAUGAUAA